AGUUGAGAUUCUCCGCUUCCAGUUGCGAACCAACCAACUUUUAUCCCGCAUCAUAUCUACUAUUCACAAUGGGUGUGGGUCGUCGUAUGAAGAAGCAGGGCCCUCCGGCCCCGCUCGAUGAGUCCAAGAUCACCAUUUUCAAGAAGCGCAAGGCUGGUGAGGCCGAGUCGAAAUCUGAGGCGGGCAAGAAGCGGAGAAGGGCUGAUGCCGAUGAGGAGGCCGCGAAGCCCGCGCUGAAGAAGAAGGCCAAUGGAGCUGCUAACGCUAAGGCGACUAAGGCGACUAAGGUGACCAAGGCGACCAAGCCUGAGGUCAAGGCAAAGGUCAAGCCCGUCGAGAAGAAGCCCCAGUUUAUGGAUUCGGACGAUGAGGAGGAGGAACUUGAGGAGAUGGACGAGUCGAUGCUUGACGAUGAGUUCGGCGAUCUCGACGGUGUCAGCGAUGGCUCGAUGGAUAGCCAGGAGGAAAUUGGCUCCGACGACGACUCCGUCAUGGAUUCCGACGAAGACGACCACCCUCGUGAGACCAUGUUCUCCGACGACGAAGACCUUUCCGACGCCGAAGAGAAGCUGACAGCCGCCAACAUCGAGGGUUUGUCGCGGAAGUUGGAUCUCGCCAGACAGGAGGAGGAAGAGGAGGCCGAGCGUGAAUUGCAGGAAUCCGCUAUGCAGACGAACAUCGCUGGCGACCGUCCCGAUGUCUUCGGCGAUGAUGUCCAGCCCGGUCUGGCUCCUGACCUCCAGCUGCUCCGCACGAGAAUCACAGACACCAUUCGCAUCCUAGGCGACCUGAAGACCCUGGGUCAACCCGGCAAGUCUCGUACCGAUUACACCGACCUGCUUAUCGGCGACAUCUGCACAUACUACGGCUACACUCCCUUCCUCGCAGAGAAGCUCUUCAACCUCUUCACUCCCAUGGAAGCCUUCGCCUUCUUCGAGGCCAACGAAACCCCCCGUCCCGUCGUUAUCCGUACGAACACCCUGCGUACCAACCGUCGUUCUCUUGCCCAGGCGCUGAUCAACCGUGGUGUGGUGCUCGAGCCCGUCGGCAAGUGGUCCAAGGUCGGUCUCCAGGUCUUCGAAUCCGCCGUUCCCCUCGGUGCUACUCCCGAAUACCUGGCUGGUCACUACAUUAUCCAGGCCGCUUCCUCUUUCCUCCCCGUCAUGGCCCUCGCCCCGCAACCCAACGAGCGCGUCCUCGAUAUGGCCUCCGCCCCCGGUGGUAAGACCACUUACAUCUCCGCCCUUAUGCGCAACACCGGCUGCGUCAUCGCCAACGAUGCCAGCAAGCCCCGUGCCAAGGGUCUGAUCGGUAACAUCCACCGUCUGGGAUGCAAGAACACUAUUGUGACCCACAUGGAUGCCCGUACCGCCUACCCCAGGGCCAUGGGUGGUUUCGAUCGUGUCCUUCUCGAUGCCCCCUGCACCGGUACCGGUGUCAUUUCCAAGGACCCCAGUGUCAAGACCUCCAAGAACGAGCGCGACUUCCUCGCCAUCCCCCACAUGCAGCGUCAGCUUCUCCUCGCCGCCAUCGACUCGGUCGACCACGCCUCCAAGACCGGCGGUUACGUCGUCUACUCGACCUGUAGUGUUACCGUGGAAGAAAACGAAGCCGUCGUCCAGUACGUCCUGCGCAAGCGCCCCAACGUCAAGCUGGUCGACACCGGUCUCGGCGACUUCGGUAGCCCCGGUAUGACCAGCUACAUGGGCAAGCACUUCGAUGCCAAGAUGACCCUCACGAGACGCUACUUCCCCCACCGCGAGAACGUCGACGGUUUCUUCGUCUCCAAGUUCAAGAAGACUGGCCCCUCCCCUACCACCAAGGCCGGUGAUGCCGCCGCCCCUGCCACCGGCGAGGGCAAGCCCUCCAAGACCCCCUCCGUCGCCUCCACUGAUGACGAGAUCAUCGACAAGACCCCCAUCACCGACGAAGAUGGUAUGGUCCUUGAAACCGAAGGCGGUAGCUUCGGACCCUUCGAAGAGGACGAAGCCGACGCUGAGCGCAUCGCCCGCGCCGAGCGCAACCGUCUCCGUCGCAAGGGUUUCAACCCCAAGGCUGUCCUGAACAAGCCCUCGAAAUCCAAGACCGAGUCCAAGGAAACCCCUGCCACGGAAGCCUCUCCCAAGGCCGCCGAGAAGAAGCAAAAGAAGGAAGACCCCACCAAGGAGCAGAAGGACGAGCCCGUCCCUGCCCCUGCCCCCGCCGCCGAAAAGAAGGCCAAGAAGGAGACCACCACCACCGACAGCAAACCCGCCAAGAAAGUCACGAAGAAGCAGCAACAACCCUCCACACAAGAAUCUCCCUCUACCACCACAGAAAAGAAGAAGCCCGCUACGAAGAAACAAUCCGACAACAAGGCCAAGAAAGCAAGCAAGAAAUAAAUGAGUACAUACCCGCCUAAUUCAGCAUGUCUUAGCUCCCGAGGCCCCUCAUGAAUCUUCAACAUCUUCACUUAUCUCUUGUAUUCUACAUUGUGGUUGACCAAAAAGCAUCUUCCUCUGACUUGUCUUAUGUCGUGUUUUCUUAUUUGUCGUGUCUGGUUUGUAUGGGCGGCGCAUGCGCAUCUGAAUCUUUUUUUUUCUUCCAUGUGAUGGUGGUAGAUAGAUAGCUUCUAGUUAUUGGGACUGGUUGAGUCAAUAGAUACCAUUAUUUUCUUUCGAU